UGUAUGACAUUCGACAUUCAAAUGACAGUACACAAAAUCUAUAUGCGUCGUAAUUUAUACGUCAAAAACAUUAGAUAUAUCCGGAAAAAUAAUAUUGUUUGGGAAAUCUAAUCAUCAGGAGAUCUUUAUGAAGAAUUUGUUUUCGUUUUUUAUCAAGCGGACCCAAACAAUCAAUGCAGUAGCUUUAUUAGUCGCUGUAAGUCUGCUUGGUGAUCACUUAGUUUCUAGAAUCCAUCAAAAGCAUGCAGUCAAGGCUAUCUGCGAUAACUCUACUCACUUUUUAAUCGGUGGUAUCUCAUGGUUAAUCGUAUGCAUAAAUACUUCCUUUUUACAAAAUCACACUCAAUGUUUAUUCGAAAUACUCUUGUGUGCCUUUAUCGCAUCCGUUAUUGAUGUAGACCAUUUUAUAAGUGCCAGGUCUUUGAGUCUAAAGGAAGCUACCAAUCUGAAAGAAAGGCCAUUUCUACACUCCACGACUGUUCCAAUUGUGACUUGUGCGUGUUUUUACUUGUGUGGAAACCUGUGGAAAAGUGCCAUUCUGAAAAGACUGACACCAGUGAUAUUUAUUGCUUUCUCAAGUCAUCAUAUUAGAGAUGCAACAAGACGUGGUUUAUGGUUUUCUCCUUUUGGAUCUACAGCACCAAUACCUUAUAAACUUUACAUUUCAUUGAACUGUGCGAUACCGUUGGUGAUUAGUUUCCUACUGAACAAAUUCGGUCACCAUAUCAGAGUCCAGUAUACAGUGUUUGUCGUCUAAGAACUGAUCAGUCGGAAUAACUGAUGGUGCUGAUUGAAGACUAGAAAAAGAUGUUAAUUUCAAGAAACCACGAUUAUUUAGAAACUUCUAAAAUGUCAAUUCCUUGUCGUUUACAACCCGAUCACAACCCCCCAAGCAACAGCAGGGAGAUGAGAAACAAAGCGGAGAAGCUGAGACGUGA